CCUCGCUAACGAUGCUCAUUCUCCCGGCUCUGCGGCGCUGACCUGUCUAAGAGAGCGUCCCCUCGAGGAGGAGAGCAGCUGGGCCAUGGCGCGCUAUUCCGGGCCGGCCACUUUGGCUGCGCCCCUGCGCCGCGUGUGUUCGCAUUUAGCAGCACGGCCCGCCUCAUCGGCGCUGGCCCCUCGAGCUUGCGCCUUGGAUGAGGCGAGGCCCUCGACGCUUGAAGCUUGAGCCGCCGCCAAGGCGAGGCGUCAUCUCGGGGCGCUCCUUGCGGCCGUGACGGCGGGCGUGGCUGCGCUGCCCCGAUCACCCGCCUGGAUGACGCAGGGGGCGGCGCUGCUGGGAAAAGCGCCGGCGGAUGACGCGCGCUGGCCUCGCGCUGCCGCUCUCCGCGCCGCAUCAUGCGAUUCCUCGCGCUGCCGGUUCGCACGGCGAGUUGGCCAUGCGGCGGCGGAUCAAGUCCCUGCGGCGAUGCGGGUGGGAGCGAGCCGCAGCACAGCUGACGGCGUCGUCGACGACGACGAUAGGCGCCUCAAGCUUCAUGCUUGCGCCGCGGGUCUGCGCAGCGUCUGGCCGGGAGGGAGCUGCCGCUCGGCGAGCUGCCCUGCAUUGCAUGCCGGGGCUGCUCCUCGUGCGUGGGCGACGCUGCGCUGAGCAUCCACCAAGCGCAGCAUGCACCGCCAUGCACGCACGCAUGCAUGCUGCACGCAGCAAGCAGCGCCUUGCUGCUUCGCUGCACCUGCCGCCGUGCUGCGGCACCUUCCAAACGCAUCGUCCCGGCUUCGUCAAGGCUGUCCGCUGGGAGCUGCGCGUUGCGGCGCGGCCGGCCCCGCUGCCGAGUGGGGCGGACGCUCGUGCGCGCUCGAGGCUCCAUCACCAGCACACGUCGCAGCGCACCGGUGCUCGAGCGGAGCAGGUGUGCUGCGCAGCGCGGAGGUGGUGACGCUGUCCGCUGGGGUCCAGCCCCGGCGACGUUGGG